AACGAGAAGAUUCGGAGCUUACGCCUCCCCCCGAGGGACUACUCGACAACGCCGCAGUCACAACGUCAUCUCCUGGCAAGAAGCGCAAGAUUUUGAAGAAAGAGGCGGUGGCUGUAGAGGAAACGUCACCAAAGAAGACCAGGAGGACAACUACAACGACGACGACGACGACGACGGCGAAGAAGAAGGGGAAGAGCACAGUCAAGGUUGAAAUUGAGGAGGAAGAGGAGGCCGAACCUGGCGCAGACGCGAGCCCGACGACCAAGGCGAAGACUCAGCGCAGAAGCAGAAGCAUCAAGGGGGAUGCCAAGGAGGAUAUCAGAGAACAAGGAGACGACGACGAUAAAAACGAUACACAAUCCAAGAUUCCAGAAAAGAAAAAACGACAAAGCAAAGCAGCAGACAAGUCCGCAGAGAUGCUCUCCCCCCCUCUCGCAGCCCGCACAACCGGCCACAAACUCCUCCUAGGAGCGCACGUCAGCGCCUCCGGAGGCGUACACAACUCCGUUCUCAACAGCAUACACAUCGGCGGCAAUGCCUUCGCCCUCUUCCUCAAAUCGCAACGAAAAUGGUCCAAUCCCGCUCUCACCGACCCACAACGCACCUCCUUCCUCUCCGCCUGCGCACAACACCACUAUACCCCCUCGGAACACAUUGUACCUCACGGCUCCUACCUCGUCAAUCUCGCGCACACAGAACCCGCUCGCAUCCAGCAAGCGUAUACAUCCUAUCUCGACGAUUUGCAACGUUGUGAACGAUUAGGGAUCAAAUUAUACAACAUCCACCCGGGAAAUAAUCAAUGCAAUGAUCGUGCAAAAGCAAUCAAACAACUCGCAGAAAAUAUCAAUCGCGCGCACACCGAGACGGAAUCCGUCAUUACUCUUCUCGAAAAUAUGGCUGCGGGGGGAAAUGUCCUCGGCAGCACAUUUGAAGAUUUACGAGAUAUCAUCGCUCUCAUCGAAGACAAACGUCGAAUCGGAGUGUGUAUCGACACCUGUCACGCCUUUGCCGGAGGAUAUGAUUUGCGCAGUCCAGAAACUUUUCACGCGACGUGGAAACACUUUGAUGCAGUAGUAGGAAUGCAAUAUUUAAAAGCGAUGCAUCUCAACGAUAGUAAAGCACCGUUUGCUUCACAUCGAGAUGUGCACGCGAAUAUUGGAACGGGAUUUUUGGGGUUGAGAGCUUUUCAUAUGUUGGUGAAUGAUGAGCGGAUGUGGGGUUUACCGUUAAUUUUGGAGACGCCGGUAGAGGUACGCGAUGAAGAGGGACAGGUGGUGAAGGAUGAAAAGGGGAAGAAGGGGAAAGAGGACAAGGGGAUUUGGGCGCGUGAGAUUAAAAUGUUGGAGGGGUUGGUAGGGAUGGAUGUGGAGGGGAAAGAAUUUACAGAAUUGGAAGCGAGGUUGCAGAGGCAAGGGGAACCGGAGAGAAAGAGGUUGGCGGAGCAGGCGGAUAGGAAGAAGGUGAAGGAGGAUAAGAAGCAGAGACCCCAAAUGUGCACGGACCAAGCCACUCGCGGUAUAGGACGUGCUUUCUCUGUGACACAAUAUAUUGACCACGCUGCUUUGAGCAGACUCGAUCUGUUAUUCAAAACAGCAUCAGAGAUGGAAAACAAAGAUGGAGAUCCUCGCGCUGUAUCCCAUCUCUCUCACAGUGACUGACAGCUUCAAUCCUCGAGCUUUCAAAACCCGAUUAGAAAAAAAAGCAACAAAGGGAUUUGU